CUGUGGGGCUGCAGCUGGAGACCGCGGAGCGUUGGAAAUGACGCUCGGAGCUUUAAUUACUGCAGCCGCCGGACAAGUGUGAGGAAAGCUGACAGGAAAAAGAAGGACGGGAUCCGGGGAGCAGCGAGAAGCUCCCCCCGCCCCGCUCCCCUCCCGAUUUGGACUGAAGGUGCAAGGAAACUGAAGAAGGAGCCCAACAUAGCCCUGCUGCGGGGAGAGGCCGGAAACCUACCGCCUCUUUGCAAUCAACUUUUUUUGGAAACCUUUCUCCCCCCCUUCCUUUUUUAUUGUUGACCAACCAGUGAGAGAGAGAGAAAGUGAGGAGGGAGCGAGCAAGCCGAGGCUCACGCGGGGAAAUAGCUGCACAGUCCGGCCCGGAGCGCCACGCGCACACACCGAGCGCACUCCCACGCGCGCACACACGCCCCCUCCUCGGGCCCCGGCCCUGGACCUGCCGGCGCGGACUCGGUCGCCCGCCCUGGGAGUCGCUACACCGCGCGCGCUGCGCCCGCCCCCCCCUCGCGCCCCCACGCGCGCCCGGCUGUGGGAUCUCCUCCGCGUGCCCGAAAGGGGGAUAUGCCAUUUGGACAUGUAACUGUCAGCACGGGAUUUGAGACUUCCAAAAAAUGAAGCCGGCGACGGGACUUAGGGUCUGGGUGAGCCUUCUGGUGGUGGCGGGGACCGUCCAGCGCAGCACUUCGCAGUCAGUGUGUGCAGGAACAGAAAAUAAACUGAGCUCUCUCUCUGACCUGGAACAGCAGUACCGAGCCUUGCGCAAGUACUAUGAAAACUGUGAGGUCGUCAUGGGCAACCUGGAAAUAACCAGCAUUGAGCACAACCGGGACCUCUCUUUCCUGCGGUCUGUUCGAGAAGUCACAGGCUACGUGUUAGUGGCUCUUAAUCAGUUUCGUUACCUGCCUCUGGAGAAUUUACGCAUUAUUCGUGGGACAAAACUUUAUGAGGACCGAUAUGCCUUGGCAAUAUUUUUAAACUACAGAAAAGAUGGAAACUUUGGACUUCAGGAACUUGGAUUAAAGAACUUGACAGAAAUUCUAAACGGUGGAGUCUAUGUAGACCAGAACAAAUUCCUUUGUUAUGCAGACACCAUUCAUUGGCAAGAUAUUGUUCGGAAUCCAUGGCCUUCCAACUUGACUCUUGUGUCAACAAAUGGUAGUUCAGGAUGUGGACGUUGCCAUAAGUCCUGUACUGGCCGUUGCUGGGGACCCACAGAAAAUCAUUGCCAGACUUUGACAAGGACAGUGUGUGCAGAACAAUGUGACGGCAGAUGCUAUGGACCCUACGUCAGUGACUGCUGCCAUCGAGAAUGUGCUGGAGGAUGCUCAGGACCUAAGGACACAGACUGUUUCGCCUGCAUGAAUUUCAAUGACAGUGGAGCAUGUGUUACUCAGUGUCCCCAGACCUUUGUCUACAAUCCAACCACCUUUCAACUGGAGCACAAUUUCAAUGCAAAGUACACGUAUGGAGCAUUCUGUGUCAAGAAAUGUCCACAUAACUUUGUGGUGGAUUCCAGUUCUUGUGUGCGUGCCUGCCCUAGCUCCAAGAUGGAAGUAGAAGAAAAUGGGAUUAAAAUGUGUAAACCUUGCACUGAUAUUUGCCCAAAAGCUUGUGAUGGCAUUGGCACAGGAUCACUGAUGUCAGCUCAGACUGUGGAUUCCAGUAACAUUGACAAAUUCAUAAACUGUACCAAGAUCAAUGGGAAUUUGAUAUUUUUAGUCACUGGUAUACAUGGGGACCCUUACAAUGCAAUUGAAGCCAUAGACCCAGAGAAACUGAAUGUCUUUCGGACAGUCAGAGAGAUAACAGGUUUCUUGAACAUACAGUCAUGGCCCCCAAACAUGACUGACUUCAGUGUUUUUUCUAACCUGGUGACCAUUGGUGGAAGAGUACUCUAUAGUGGCCUCUCCUUGCUUAUCCUCAAGCAACAGGGCAUCACCUCUCUACAGUUCCAGUCUCUGAAGGAAAUCAGCGCAGGAAACAUCUAUAUUACAGACAACAGCAACCUAUGUUAUUAUCAUACCAUUAACUGGACAACACUCUUCAGCACAAUCAACCAAAGAAUAGUAAUCCGGGACAAUAGAAAAGCUGAAAACUGUACUGCCGAAGGAAUGGUGUGCAACCAUCUGUGUUCAAGUGAUGGCUGCUGGGGACCUGGGCCAGACCAAUGCCUGUCGUGUCGUCGCUUCAGUAGAGGAAGGAUCUGCAUAGAGUCUUGUAACCUCUAUGACGGUGAAUUUCGGGAGUUUGAGAAUGGCUCCAUCUGUGUGGAGUGUGACCCCCAGUGUGAGAAGAUGGAAGAUGGCCUCCUCACAUGCCAUGGACCGGGUCCUGACAACUGUACAAAGUGCUCGCAUUUUAAAGAUGGCCCAAACUGUGUGGAAAAAUGUCCAGAUGGCUUACAGGGGGCAAACAGUUUCAUUUUCAAGUAUGCUGAUCCAGAUCGGGAGUGUCACCCAUGCCAUCCAAACUGCACACAAGGGUGCAUAGGCUCAAGUAUUGAAGACUGCAUUGGCCUGAUGGAUAGAACUCCCCUGAUUGCAGCUGGAGUAAUUGGUGGGCUCUUCAUUCUGGUCAUUGUGGGUCUGACAUUUGCUGUUUAUGUUAGAAGGAAGAGCAUCAAAAAGAAAAGAGCCUUGAGAAGAUUCUUGGAAACAGAGUUGGUAGAACCUUUAACUCCCAGUGGCACAGCACCCAAUCAAGCACAACUUCGUAUUUUGAAAGAAACGGAGCUGAAGAGGGUAAAAGUCCUUGGCUCAGGUGCUUUUGGAACAGUGUAUAAAGGUAUUUGGGUACCUGAAGGAGAAACUGUGAAGAUUCCUGUGGCUAUUAAGAUUCUUAAUGAGACAACUGGUCCCAAGGCAAAUGUGGAGUUCAUGGAUGAAGCUCUGAUCAUGGCAAGUAUGGAUCAUCCACACCUAGUUCGGUUGUUGGGUGUGUGUCUAAGCCCAACCAUCCAGCUGGUUACUCAGCUUAUGCCCCAUGGCUGCCUGUUGGAGUAUGUUCAUGAGCACAAGGAUAACAUUGGAUCACAACUGCUGCUUAACUGGUGUGUCCAGAUAGCUAAGGGAAUGAUGUACCUGGAAGAAAGACGGCUUGUUCAUCGGGAUUUGGCAGCCCGCAAUGUCUUAGUGAAAUCUCCAAACCAUGUGAAAAUCACAGAUUUUGGACUAGCCAGACUCUUAGAAGGAGAUGAAAAAGAGUACAAUGCUGAUGGAGGAAAGAUGCCAAUUAAAUGGAUGGCUCUGGAGUGUAUACAUUACAGGAAAUUCACCCAUCAGAGUGACGUUUGGAGCUAUGGAGUUACUAUAUGGGAACUGAUGACUUUUGGAGGAAAACCCUAUGAUGGAAUUCCAACUCGAGAAAUCCCUGAUUUAUUAGAGAAAGGAGAACGUUUGCCUCAACCUCCCAUCUGCACUAUUGAUGUUUACAUGGUCAUGGUAAAAUGUUGGAUGAUUGAUGCUGACAGUAGACCUAAAUUUAAGGAACUGGCUGCUGAGUUUUCAAGGAUGGCUCGAGACCCUCAAAGAUACCUAGUUAUUCAGGGUGAUGAUCGUAUGAAGCUUCCCAGUCCAAAUGACAGCAAGUUCUUUCAGAAUCUCUUGGAUGAAGAAGAUUUGGAAGAUAUGAUGGAUGCUGAGGAGUACUUGGUCCCUCAGGCUUUCAACAUCCCACCUCCCAUUUAUACUUCCAGAGCAAGAAUCGACUCAAAUAGGAGUGAAAUUGGACACAGCCCUCCUCCUGCCUACACCCCCAUGUCAGGAAACCAGUUUGUAUACCGAGAUGGAGGUUUUGCUGCAGAACAAGGAGUGUCUGUGCCCUACAGAGCCCCAACUAGCACAAUUCCAGAAGCUCCUGUUGCACAGGGUGCUACGGCUGAGAUUUUUGAUGACUCCUGCUGUAAUGGCACCCUACGCAAGCCAGUGGCACCCCAUGUCCAAGAGGACAGUAGCACCCAGAGGUACAGUGCUGACCCCACCGUGUUUGCCCCAGAACGGAGCCCACGAGGAGAGCUGGAUGAGGAAGGUUACAUGACUCCUAUGCGAGACAAAGCCAAACAAGAAUACCUGAAUCCAGUGGAGGAGAACCCUUUUGUUUCUCGGAGAAAAAAUGGAGACCUUCAAGCAUUGGAUAAUCCCGAAUAUCACAAUGCAUCCAGUGGUCCACCCAAGGCUGAGGAUGAGUAUGUGAAUGAGCCACUGUACCUCAACACCUUUGCCAACGCCUUGGGAAAAGCUGAGUACCUGAAGAACAAUGUACUGUCUGUGCCAGAGAAGGCCAAGAAAGCAUUUGACAACCCUGACUACUGGAACCACAGCCUGCCACCUCGGAGCACCCUCCAGCACCCAGACUACCUGCAGGAGUACAGCACAAAAUAUUUUUAUAAACAGAAUGGGCGGAUCCGGCCUAUUGUGGCAGAGAAUCCUGAAUACCUCUCUGAGUUCUCCCUGAAGCCAGGCACUGUGCUGCCACCUCCACCUUACAGACACCGGAAUACUGUGGUGUAAGCUCAGUUGUUAUUUUUAGGUGGAGACACACACACGCUCCAGUUUCCCCACCCCCCUCUCUUUCUCUGGUGGUCUUUCUUCUACUCCAAGGCCAGUAGUUUUGACACUUCCCAGUGGAAGAUAUAGAGAUGCAAUGAUAGUUAUGUGCUUAUCUAUCUUGAACAUUAGAGGGAAAGACUGAAAGAGAAAGACAGGAGGAGUCACAGUGUUUCUUCAUUUCUCUGCAUGGGUUGGUCAGGAGAAUGAAACAGCUAGAGAAGGACCAGAAAAUAUAAGGCAAUACCGCCUACUAUCAAACUAGCUGUCACUUCUUUUUUCUUGUUUCUUUUUUUUUUUUUAAGCAGAUGGUUGAAAUACCCAUGUUAUCCGUUCCUAUCUGCAGGAACUGAUGUGUACAUACUGAGCAUCCCUGAAAAUCAUAAUAAAGUGUUCAUUAGAACAAAAAAAUAACAUUUUCUAUAGCAUAUGAUAAUGUCGGAGAUGGAGAAACCAGUUUCUUUCUCCAACAGUUUCUGUUCUAGCAAGUAAGAGUGGCCAACCCAGCUUAUAAUUUAAAAAUCUUCAAAGAUAUAACUAGUAAUUAUGUUUUGAAGGCUUUUUGUUUUGUUUUGUUUUGUUUCCAUUUUGUUUUGCUAUGAUCAAUUCUUUUAUAUAGUUGCUCCCCUAUUUUUGGCUUUAAUUUCUAAUUGCAAAGAUGUUUACAUCAAAGCUUCUUCACAGAAUUUAAGCAAGAAAUAUUUUAAUAUGGUAAAAUGGCCACUAUUUUAAGUAUACGAUUUUUAAAAUAAGAAAGGGAGGCUAAUAUUUUUUUAUUUUAGCUUUCAUUUUUCAUGCUAUCAAAUUAUCUUCACCCUCAUCCUUUACAUUUUUCAACAUUUUUUUCCUCCAUACAUGACAGUACUUGAUAAGCAGUUGGUUGUGUGAAGUAUAGAAGGGAAACUAAGAGACAGUUCUGUGUAGUUCAAGAAAACUACUGAUAAUUUCAGGGGUGGUCCAAUGAGGGAAUCUAUUGAACUAGAAGAAACACACUGGAUUGGGUAUGUCUACUUGGCAAAUACUCAGAAAUGUAGUUUGCACUUAAGCUGUAAUUUUAUUUGUUCUUUUUCUGAACUCUGUUUUGGAUUUUGAAUCAAGCAAUAUGGAAGCAACCAGCAAAUUAACUAAUUUAAGUACAUUUUUUAAAAAAGAGCUAAGAUAAAGACUGUGGAAAUGCCAAACCAAGCAAAUUAGGAACCUUGCAACGGUAUCCAGGGACUAUGAUGAGAGGCCAGCACAUUAUCUCCAUAUGGCAUCACCUUUGCUACGCAAGGAAAUUUGUUCAGUUCGUAUACUUCAUAAGAAGGAAUGCGAGUAAGGAUUGGCUUGAAUUCCAUGGAAUUUCUAGUAUGAAACUCUAUUUAUAUGAAGAAGAAAGAAACUCUUUGCACAUAAAUUGGUAUGAUAAAAAGAAAAACACAAACAUUCAAGGCUUAUGGAUAGGUUCUUGGGUCAAAAGUUGUAAAUAAAUGUGAAAAAUCUUCUCAUGCAAUUAUUUUAUUAUCCAACACAUGAAUCUUUUGAUACUUUAUAUAAUUCAUUUUCUUCAUGUACUGCAUCUAGUACUAAAACCAUAUUUAUUAUGUAUCAUUUUGAAAGAAUAGCUGAGGAGAUGAAGGAUGGGAACAAAUGACAGGAAUGAGUCUCCAGGUAAAUGGGACCUCAUAUCAAUAAUUAGGAAACUUAGAUAUAAAUCCCCCUUUUCUGAAAAUUCUACCCCAACUCAUUUAGACUUUUAAAAAAUAUUUCUUUCUAAUGUUAAAAUCUCGGGACCAAAUUAGAGUCAAUAGUGUAAGAUUAAUUAAUUAGAGUAAAAAUAUUUAUUAAAGUGGAGCGUUUAGAGAAAAAAAAUCCGAAGAUAUUUGUGUUUUUUCCUAUUCUGAACAAGUGAAUCAGUCCAUCCAUCCAUCCAAAACUCAUUUAUCCAACUGUCUACUAAAAGCACCAUGUUUUGUGUGAAACACCCAGAUAAAUGGAAUCUCAUCCCCAACUUCAAAAUUGUAUCAUCUAGGAGAUUUAAUUAGAGUGACAUUUUAAUUUUUCUGUGAGUUCAAAGAAUCAGAUGGCAUGGUCUCUUUUGGGAAUGGCUGUCGUAUAAUCAGUUGUUCAGUAAAGUAUCUCCUUUGAACUCAUUUGGGAAAUAAGUUAAACAUCCUUCAAAUUGUUGAAGUGGACAAAUAUGAUAAUUUCAAUAUUAUUAUUCAAACAUAAGCUGGUCUAGAAGAAUGUUACAUCACUGGCUAAUUAGCCUAUAUAGAUUCUAACUUUGCCAUUAAACCAAAAGCAGAUGGUGGUCCUUGGCCAAGGAUGUUGGAGACAUUGAAAUUGGUUUUCUUCUAAGCUGUAAAAACUGAGGCAAGCUGAAAAAGUAUGGUAGAGCAGGGGAGGGGUUUGUGAGAUCCCUUCUAGUGAAGUUCAUCCUCAAACUUUUCAGAGUUAAAGACACAGAGUAAUUCAGGAGCCACAACCUAACAGCUCAGAGCUCUCCUAUCCAUUCAGAGAAGUCUCUAAGAAAAGUGAUUUCAUAUCAGUUCUUAUGAAAAAUUGAAUAUAAGCCUCCCUUUCUAAAUAAAUCUACAGCAAGUCAUCAUAGCCUCCUUUGUGGAUACUAUAACUUGAUUUUUUUUUUUCUGACUUACAAUGUGCAUAUGGUUUCUACUGGGAUAUAGAAAGCAGAAUAACUUACUUUGGAGAAGGAAGAAAAUAGUUAACUUUUAACUGUUAAGGUAAAAAAAAUAUAUAUUUAGUGAAUGUAGUCUCUUUUCUCCUAAGAACACAAGACUUCUACAUGUCAGGUAAUACCUAGAGAUGGAUGCAGGCAUAAUCCAAAAUGACCCAAAUUCUACAAUAGCGCCAUUUUAUAUUCCUUUUGAAUGAUUUCUGCAGUAUGUAAUUGACUUCAGUUGUUUGAGGGUUUUUGUUUUUAUUUUUGUCCCCCCUGGAAAAACAUAUUUCAGAGUGUGGAAGAGGGAGGAAAAAAGUUUCAUUCAUUCCAGAGAAAAACUUAUUUAGCCCAGUAGGGUAGAAUUUUUAAAUGUCACUUAAAGUCUUCAAAGUGCUUUGGGAGAUAUCAGAUUCCAGAGGCCAGUUGUAGCAAUUGAAAUAUGCAGAAUCAAUUAUAUAAAUUUGAGGAAAUUAGUAUUAAAAUUACAAUGACUAUAUUUUUUAUAUCACCCAACUUUGUAGAGUAUACCUAUUUUGGGCAAUCCUAUUUUCAGGCAAGGCAAAACUUUGCAGCUAAAUGAUUGCCGAAAGAAAGUUGUACCUAAACAGGUGAGGAAAGAUGGCCUCUGAACUAGGGUAGAUCCAGAAUCACAAAUCAUCUGCACCACAAAAGGUGUUAGACUACCAAGCAGCUCUUGGUUUUCUGCAUCGUAUUAGUAGCACAGCUUAAGAUGAGAAUCCUUCCUCCAAUAACAUGCUUAAAAUAGCAUGAAAAACAAUGCAAAACUCAAAUUUCUAUUAAAACGCACAAACUAAAAUCAAGUGUGUGUGUGUGUGUGUGUGUGUGUUUUUUUUUUUGUAGAUUAGGAAGAACUGAAUAUCUAAUUUAAGAGAAGAAAUAGUGUUCUUCUAAGUGUUAUAGUAUGUAAACUAGUACCUUCUAAAGGAAAGACAUGGCAUGAAGAUUGUGCAUAUUUACAAUGCUAAGGAAAAAUUGAGAGAAAAGAACUAUGAGGCUCUGCUGCUAGAUGAAGAUGGAAGUACUAUUAGUGUGCUUCUUAAAGAGUCAAACAUGAAAAGGAAAUUAAAAUUGUUUAAGCCUGACAGGGAAGGAUGUAAAUACAAGUUUUUCUAGAGCUAUCUAACAUUUUCAAAACUGGAGUUAUCCAUCCAUUUGUAAUUGUUGAUAAUUUAGUAUAUGUAAUUCAUAAGGUAAUAGAAAAGGUGAUCAUGAAAGCAUGUAUAUAACUGGACAGAACCAUGAUAAUGCUAUAAGAUGUAGAUUUAGUUAGGUUAUCAGAUGUUAAAUGAUUUUAUUAUUAAAUAAAUCAAACUAGAAAACUAACCACAAGUAUAACAAAGUUAAAUGCAGGAUAUAAAAAUGUAGAAUGGAUUUUGCCUAGUAAAAAAAUAAGUUUGCCAUUUAAAAUUGUUGGGUUUAGCUGAAAGUAGGCAUAUAUGGUUCCACUUGUUAAAAAAAUUCCUUUGAAGCAUUACAAUGAACAAUUUUUUUCUCACUUUGUUAUUCUUUUAUCACUUUUUAAAUGUAUUUUUUUUUAAAAUAAACACCACCUUGCAGAAUUUAA